AUGACUAAUCAAAACACGAUUCGUUUUGUAAGAAGCAUUAUACCUGUAUGCAUAUUAUUAAUUCAAAGUGUAGUAACAGUUUCGAAUGAAGUACAUAUACCAUUACUUGACGUUCAAAAUAUUAUUGAACGACUUAAAAUAGAAGAACAAAUGUCACACGAAGCAGCUGUUAAUAGUGUAAUUGAACUUGUACAUUAUUAUACGACAAUAAAACAUGGUAUACAUGGUAGUCCAUCAGCAAUGGUUGACAAACCUUGGCAUGCACAUAUUCUUAAUACACCAAUGUAUAUGGAAUUUACAAAAACUGAACUUGGUCAUUAUGUUCAUCAUAUACCUUAUUGA